AUGACUUCAAUCUCCAGAUUGAGAUGCAACAAAGCAAAAUCUCACUGUCCAGAUUUCUUCAGAUCUCGUGCUGUUCAUGCUAGUCUAAAACCCGAAACUGAUUCUCGCAAGUUCCACGAGCAUGGGGUAACUACAGGGUUGGCUAGACGUAGUCAGAAAACUUUCGAAUACAACGAUGAGUAG